AAAUCUAGUAUCGUUUCGACUACGUUAGCGCCACAUUCUUCUUAAGGAAAAAUCAGCUAAAAAGCCAGCUAAUAUCUGCCAUUAAUAACACCACCGAAAACUAUAUAAAAGCGGUUGUUUUUUAAAACAUAAAUCUAAACAAAAAAUACUAAACAACUUUCCAUCUAAAUACUCACAAAAAACGAAAAAUUUAAAACAUGAAUAAUUUUGAGGAACAAUCUAAAAAUUUGUUUUUGAAACAAAGUUUCCAGAAACCUGGACUAGUUGACUGGUUACAAGAAGAGCGUAAACCUUUGGCUACAAACUUAAAACUGAAUUUCUUAAAGGUAAGACAAGUAUUAGUGAAGAUCGCUACAAAUCAACUAAUACGUCAGAAAGAAGAAAUAAAGAAACAAAUUGAAGAGCUAUCAAAACAACAAGUAGAACUCGAUCAAAAAGAAGAAGAACUUAAGAAGCGGAAAGAGUUAGAAAGUCUUUCAGAAAAAGAACUCAAACUUAAAAAUACCGAAAACUAUAAUGUUGCGGUACUGUCAAAAACCUUGCCACCAUUAGAUCAGUAUAAAAAACUCAAUUUAUCAGAAGUUGAGUUCGUAAAACGCUUACGUCUGUAUAUCUUGGCACCAAUUGAUUUACAUCGUUAUGGCUACCCAUGGGAACGUGAAGAUGGCUCUGUCUCGGUCUACUUGCACCGAUUUAAGCGACGAAAGCACUCAAACUUUUCGAGCCGAUGUUCAUUGGAACAUCUUUGCGUACGUUGUGAUCGACCCUUCCACGUGGAUGUUUCGGGAGAAUAUUUUACCAAAGAAGAGUGCAUAUUUCAUUGGGGAAAGUUUAAGGAGAGGUUUACUUGCUGCGGCGGCGAGAGAGACUCAGAGGGCUGCGACCGUAAUAAGCUGCACGUGUGGAACGGGAUUAUUGAAGGGGUAAACGGACCCUAUACAGAUUUCCUGUGCACACAACCGCGCCCUGAUAAAUCCGAUAUUGAAGCCAAAGUGUAUGCUUUGGAUUGUGAAAUGUGUUACACUGGACGUGGAGUCGAAGUGGCCAAAGUAUCCUUAGUUGGUUAUGAUGGACAAGUGGUAUAUGACCAUUUUGUGAAGCCGACAUGUGAAGUUGUCGAUUAUUGUACACGCUUCUCAGGCGUAACCGCAAAAGAUCUAUGUGAAGUGCAAAACAAAAAUUUGAAGACCUUUGCCGAAGUACAAAAGGAUUUGCUGCAGCUUAUCGACGCCGAUACCAUACUCAUUGGCCAUAGUUUGGAGAACGACAUGCGUGUGCUGAAGAUUGUUCAUAAAACGGUAGUCGACACAGCAGACGAGUUUCCACACCCAUUCGGCUUUCCAUAUCGUCAUUCGCUUAAGAAUCUGACUAAAGAAUAUUUAAAACGCGAUAUUCAAUGUGGCAACAACGGUCAUGACAGUGCGGAAGACUCUCGUGCUUGUUUGGAGUUGAUUAUGUGGAAAGUGCAUAAUAAUAUGCCUCCAAAACUACCAAAAGAAUUGAUAAAAUAAAUAUUUUAUAUUAAAACAAAAAAA